CACACACACACACACACACACACACACACACACACACACACACACACACACACACUUCAGGAGUGCGCUCAUUGUUCGUACGGCGUGACCUCGCGCACGUGUGUGUUGUGCGCGUUAGUUGGACUGUUAUGGAGGCUCGGUUCGGUUUAGGUGGACUUUUUGACUCUCCAUUCCGAACAGUUCGUGCGCAUGGCGCGCGAGACGCCGGAGCUUCGGGAGAAGUUGUGCCGCUGACGGAGAUCUGGGAGGCGGAGUGGCGAGGCGCGCGCGGGAUGAGCGCUACCACCGGAGGAAGAGGAAGAGAAAACGCGCGGGACGGGACAGGCACAGAGGCGCGCGCCGCACUAACCAGCACCAGCACCACCUCCACCAUCACCUCCACCUCCACCACCCUGAGCGAGCUGCUCUGCUCCGACACAGGAUUCAUCCUCAGCGGCGCGCCGAGAUCACGCGACAGCGCGCGCGACCUGACUGACACCAGUGGUGACACGAGCUUCGUGGUCGUCCCGAGCCACUGCUGCUGCACCGGGAGCACCGGCACGACCACCACCACGGACACCACGACCAUCUCGGAGACGGCGCGCGAGCUCUGCAAAGCCGUGUCCGUGUCCUUGGGGCUGGCCAUGAUGGAGCCGCACGCGCACCACGACGCCAACAGGAGCUCGGACUUUUUCGAAGUGUGCCGUAGAAAGAAGCAAGAGGAUGAGGAAGAGGAAGAGGAGGAGGAGGAGGAAGAGGAGCGGGACGACAUGGACAGAAAGAGGAGCGGCUGCAGCGCGAGCGCAGGUGGAAGUGGAAGCGGUCCCGCAGCGGGACGUGAGGUACACGCGCCGCACGAGCCUGCCGACAGCAACAACAAACUGCUCGAGAUGUUCCGAGGCGGCGGCGAGGAGGACGCGAUGAUGAUGACGAUGAUGCAGAUUGACAGCGCUCGCGCGCAACACCAUGCGGAGAACUCGGAGUUCGGACCGGGAGUCGCGAGCCUGAUGAGCUCCAAAAGCGCGAGCGCGGCGGCGUGUUCGUCCACGUCCUCCUCGUCCUGUCAAUUCCCACAUCAACAUCAACAACAUCAGCGUCAGCAUCAGCAGCACCACCACGACCCGCAGGUGAACUUGGAGCUCGCGCCGGCUGUGCACGACAGGUAUGGAGAUGAUUACUACUACUACUGGCCGCGCUACAGCGGCGUGCGCGUGAAGUCUGAAGCCGUGCCGACGCCGGUCGCGCGCUACGGCCACGGCAGCUCGCCGUACGGGAGCCCCGCGUGCACCGCCGCCACGGCCAGACUGGACGCGCCGCUCAUCUGCAGCCCGUACGAGUACGACUACAGCGCGCGGACCGGACCGGGACCGGCUCUCAGCGCAGCGCACGAGCCUUGGUACCACCCGAGCGGCGCCGUGGUUCCCCGCGCGCCCUACCCACCCGCCACGUGCAUGAAGAACGAAGUCGGAGAAUGGCUGGAUGUGAGCAGCAUGCAGGACGGCAGGUUGGAGAGUGCGAGGGAGGUGUUCCCCAUGGAGUUUUUCUUCCCGCCACAGCGCACCUGUCUGAUCUGCUCUGAUGAAGCGUCCGGGUGCCAUUAUGGAGCUCUGACCUGCGGCAGCUGCAAAGUGUUUUUUAAAAGAGCAGCAGAAGGGAAGCAGAAGUAUCUGUGUGCGAGCAGGAACGACUGCACCAUUGAUAAGUUGAGAAGGAAGAACUGUCCAUCUUGUCGUCUGAAGAAGUGCUUCGAGGCCGGAAUGACUCUCGGAGCUCGCAAACUGAAGAAGAUUGGUCAGAUGAAGGUUCCUGAGGAGAGCCCGUCUUCAUCAAUGCCAUCCGGUUCUGGUUCUGUCGAGAUGCUUCAGAAUUCACCCAAAGCAGGUCUGACGUUCCACUCGCAGCUUGUCUUCCUCAGCAUCCUGGAGUCCAUCGAGCCCGAGGUGGUGAACGCCGGACAUGACCACGCCCAGCCCGACUCCGCCGCAGCCCUCCUGACCAGCCUUAACGAGCUGGGAGAGAGGCAACUCGUUAAAGUCGUCAAAUGGGCCAAAGGGCUGCCAGGGUUCCGUAACCUGCAUGUGGACGAUCAGAUGACGAUGAUCCAGCAUGCCUGGAUGGCUGUGAUGGUCUUCGCUCUCGGAUGGAGAUCGUACAAGAACGUCAACGCUCGCAUGCUCUACUUUGCUCCUGACCUGGUCUUCAACGAUCGGAGGAUGCACAUCUCCAGUAUGUAUGAACACUGUCUGCAGAUGAAACACUUGUCGCAGGAGUUCGUUUUGCUGCAGGUCACACAGGAGGAGUUUCUCUGUAUGAAGGCCCUCCUCCUCUUCAGCAUCAUUCCUGUGGAGGGAUUAAAGAGUCAGAAGUAUUUUGAUGAGUUGAGGUUGUCGUAUAUAAACGAACUUGAUCGCCUGAUUAAUUACGGCAGGAAGAGUAACUGUGCACAGCGUUUCUACCAACUGACCAGACUUAUGGACUCACUGCAGCGAUUGUCCGGAAGCUUCACCAGUUCACCUUUGACCUUUUUGUUCAGGCCCAGUCUCUGCCCACAAAGGUCAGCUUUCCAGAAAUGAUCGCCGAAAUCAUCUCAGUGCAGGUACCAAAGAUCCUCGCUGGCCUGGCCAAACCCAUCCUGUUCCACAAGACUGUGACUCCGCCCCAUACCAUGUCCAAGAUGGCCACGCCCACUCAACCAGACCUGGCCUAAU